GAGAAUUCUUAAACUGUAUACUAGGUAUACCCAUACAGUAGCACCUCAGGAAGCAGUGGUAAGUGCCUUCAUAUACUGGCAACAUGGUUGAGAAGCCAGAAAUAACCUAUAAGUAACCCUGAGGCUUCCACCUGCCUUGUAUCCUAAAGUAGGAACUUGCCUAUAGCUGAGGUCCCAGCCUCCAGUCAGCUCAUUGACUUAAUUCAUACAAAAUUCUUACUUGCUCUUUCUUUAAUCAGCAGAAUAAUAGAGUAAGUUAUAGAAAGAACAUCAACACAAAUGGUUAAUGGUAUGUGGUGGGGUAAGUUUCAGCUAUCCAGAAAUGAUUUGCUUUCUGGGACCUUAAUUCCCAAGCACUAUGGCUCUGGGUCCAGGCCCAGAGGUCACUGGGGUCAUUGUGCCCACACUCUCGGGCCAGGGCCUGCUGGAUCACCCUGUGACACAGAGUCCUGCAACCAGGGAGUGGGUGGCAGAAGGCCUAAGGUCUGGAAUCUCACCUAAGUCAGAGCCAGGUGCCACAGAAAUGAUUGACAAUGUCAGGGGAUGAUGCUGAGCCCAGGGAACAAUAGUGGGCAGUGACCUGUGCCCCCCUCUCUCCCAGUGGCAGCCUUAGAGCUCAGGUCUGUCAACCUGCAGAGCCCCAGGAACAACCAGGCUCAUCACACGCAGGAGAUGGGCCUCAAGCGGCUCAUUGUGCGCCGGGGCCAGCCCUUCAUGCUCCAGCUGCAUUUCAACCGACCCUUCCACUGGGGGACUGACCGUAUUACCUUCAUAGCUGAGACUGGACCAGCACCCACGGAGCUGUCAGGAACCCGAGCCACCUUCUCACUCACCCAGACCCGACAAGGGAAUGUCUGGAGUGCUUCUGACUUCACCAUUGACUCCAACUUGCUCUGUGUCUCCCUCUUCACACCAUCCAAUGCAGUCAUUGGCUCCUACACUCUGAAGAUAGAGACCUCUCAAGGCCAGGGUUACAGCUCAACUCACUCCCUGGGGACUUUCUUCCUGCUUUUUAAUCCUUGGAACGCAGAAGAUGAUGUCUAUCUGCCAAGUGAAAUACUGCUGCAGGAGUAUGUCAUGAUGGACUACGGCUUUGUGUACAAGGGUCAGGAGAAAUUCAUCACCUCCUGGCCAUGGAACUAUGGGCAGUUUGAAGAGGACAUCAUAGAUAUCUGCUUUGAGAUCCUGAACAAGAGCUUGUACUUCUUAAAGAACCCGUCCAAAGACUGCUCCCAGAGGAGUGAUGUUGUAUACAUCUGCAGGGUGGUGAGCGCCAUGGUGAGGACAGAGCUCCCAUGCCCCUGUCGGAGGGCAGUCUGGACUUCCCGUAGGCACUGUGGAAACCCACCCAUCUGUUCUUUGCAGAUCAACAGCAAUGAUGACAAUGGCGUGCUGCAGGGGAACUGGGGAGAGGACUACUCCUUGGGGGUCAGCCCGCUGGAGUGGAAUGGCAGCGUGGCCAUCCUGCGGCAGUGGUCAGCCAGGGGCGGGAAGCCUGUGAAGUAUGGACAGUGCUGGGUUUUUGCGGGCGUUAUGUGCACUGUAAUGAGAUGUUUAGGUGUUCCAACCCGUAUUGUUUCCAAUUUCCGUUCUGCACACAAUGUGGAUGGGAAUUUGACCUUAGAUACCUACUAUGAUCGAAAUGCAGAAAUGCUGGCAACUCCGGAACGAGACAAAAUAUGGAAUUUCCAUGUCUGGAAUGAGUGCUGGAUGAUUCGAAAAGAUCUCCCACCAGGAUACAAUGGGUGGCAGGUUCUGGAUCCCACUCCCCAGGAAACCAGCAACGGGCUCUUUUGCUGUGGCCCUGCUUCCGUGAGGGCCAUCAAGGAAGGAGAUGUUCACCUGCCCUAUGACACCCCAUUUGUGUAUGCUGAGGUGAAUGCCGAUGAAGUCAUUUGGCUCUUUGGGGAUGGCCAGGCCCGGGAAAUCCUGGCGCAUAACACCCGUUCCAUUGGGAACAACAUCAGCACCAAGAUGGUAGGAUCAAACCAGCAUCAGAACAUCACCAGCUCCUACAAGUACCCAGAAGGAUCCCCUGAGGAGCGGUCUGUUUUCAUGAAGGCAUCCAAGAAAAUGCUGGGCUCCAGAAGGGCCUCUUCACCCUUGCUGGAUCUGCUGAGGUCCAGGGAUUCUCAGGAUCAGCCAGCGCAGCUGCAGCUUCGCCUGGCCAGGACACCUGAGUGGGGCCAGGACCUGCUGCUGAAGCUGCAUGCCAGGAGGGUGCCAAACAGAGCCCAUCCCCGGGGUCCCAUCAGGCUGCAGGUGCGUUUCUGCGCACAGGCCCUGCUACACAAGGGUGGCGCUCGGGAGCCCCUCUGGAGACAAAUAGUGCACUUGAACCUGGACUUUGGGGAGGAGAUACAGUGGCCGCUCUUGCUACCCUACAUCAAUUAUAGAAACAAGCUGACGGAUGAAAGGCUGAUACGUGUGUCUGGCAUCGCUGAGGUGGAGGGGACGGGGAGGUCCAUACUGGUCCUAAAAGAUAUCUCUCUGGAACCUCCCCACUUAUCUAUUGAGGUCUCUGAGAGGGCCGAGGUGGGCAAAGCACUGAGAGUGCACGUCACCUUCACCAACACCCGAACAGUGGCUCUCAGUCACUGUACGAUGGUGUUGGAGGGAAGUGGCCUCAUCCACGGGCAGUUAUCAAAUGACCUUGGAACUCUGGUGGCCGGACACACCACCCAAAUUCAGUUGGUCCUCUACCCCUUUAAAGCCGGACACCGCCAGCUGCAAGUCCUCAUCAGCAGCAAUGAAGUCAAGGAGAUCAAGGGUUACAAGGACAUCUUCGUAGCUGCAGCCAGGGCUUCUUGACCACCCCUCAUCUCAGGCCCUCCCCUCCCCUGGCCCAAUUUCCUUGUGCCCUCCAGUAGCCCCCUCCACCCCUCUGAUGCCUCCCCUGACCUCUUGCAAGUGGUCCUUCCCCUGCACUUUAGUCCCCUGCCUGCCCCACUUUACUCCUGAAGGUGUAGUUGCUCCUUCUCUCUUCUCUUCCCUGCCUGCCUGGGGGUGAAUGUAGCUCCAUUAGAACACUGUGCAUCUUGGG